CUCCUCUAUGGUUUGUCUAACUCAGUGACUCACUAUAACUGAGUUGACUCAGAUGGCUUUGGAUUCAUCACUGUAAGAGCUCAAGAGCUGGUUUUAAGAGAUGUAAACUGCAGCCACCCGUAUUUACGGUUGUCUGCCUCUAUCUUACUAUAUACCUCAAAAGCUCAUGAAACGCUUCAAUCUCGAUCCUUGUCUUCGCCAUUUUCCGAGGCUCAAUCAUGGCCAAACCCGAAACCUAGCUCUGUCCGUACCCGAUUUGGAAUUCGGACCGGAAUCACCGUGUGGAACAGCUUUGCUUGAUAGCUUGCUGGGGAAGGUACUGGACUCGUACCCAGAUCUCAAAACCCUAAAAAGUGUACAUUGGAGAAUCGUUCUGGAUAGAAAUUUACGCAGCAAUUCGUCUUUGGGCGUGAAACUUAUGAGGUCUUAUGCAGCGCUCGGUGAUGUGGCGUCCACACGCAAGGUGUUCGAUGAAAUUUCCGAGAGAAACGUGAUUCUCUUCAAUGUCAUGAUUCGGAGCUACGUCAACAAUGGAUUUUACCGUGAGGGCAUCUCAGUGUUCGGAACGAUGUUCGAGUUCGAUGUCAGACCCGAUCACUACACUUUCCCGUGCGUUUUAAAGGCAUGUUCUUGCUCAGAAAAUGUUGUGGUGGGGAAGAAGAUUCAUGGGUCUGCUACAAAAGCUGGGCUCUGUUCAACCCUGUACGUGGGGAACGGUUUAGUUGCUAUGUACGGAAAGUGCGGGUUUUUAUCAGAGUCGAGGCUUGUUCUCGACGAGAUGCCCAGACGGGACGUGGUUUCUUGGAACUCGUUAGUGGCUGGAUAUGCUCGAAACAGGAGAUUUGAUGAUGCUUUGGAGGUUUGUAGGGAGAUGGAAACUAUGAAUAUAACGCAUGAUGCUGGUACAAUGGCUAGUCUCUUACCAGCCGUGACAAACACUGCUCAGGAGAAUGUUUUGUAUGUCAAAGAUAUGUUUCAGAGGAUGGGGAAAAGGAGUUUAGUUCCAUGGAAUGUCAUGAUCAGUGUCUAUAUGAAUAACGAUAUGCCUGCUGAAGCUGUGGAGUUGUAUUCUCAAAUUGAGGAUCAUGGGAUCGAACCUGAUGCAGUGUCUGUAGCUACUGUUCUUCCUGCUUGUGGGGAUACUUCUUCUCUUUUGAUCGGUAAGAAAAUCCAUGAAUACGUCAAGAGAAAAAAUCUGACACCAAAUCUGUUGAUAGAGAAUGCCUUGAUCGACAUGUAUGCAAAGUGUGGCUGUCUUGAAGGGGCGAGAGGUGUGUUUGCAAAAAUGAAGUCCCGUGAUGUCGUGUCCUGGACAGCUAUGAUCUCGGCUUAUGGAAUCAGGGGAAGAGGGCAUGAGGCUUUGGAAUUUUUCUCAAAGAUGCAAGAAUCAGGUCUCGUUCCAGAUUCCAUUGCAUUCGUCUCAAUACUCUCUGCCUGUAGCCAUGCCGGGCUAUUAGAAGAAGGUCGCUACCAUUUCAAGCUCAUGACAGAUCAUUACAAGAUAGCUCCAAGGAUCGAGCAUUUUGCCUGUAUGGUGGAUAUUCUUGGCCGAGCCGGGAAAAUGAAAGAAGCAUAUAGCUUUGUACAAGAAAUGCCAAUGGAACCGAACGAGAGAGUUUGGGGGGCUUUGUUAGGGGCUUGUCGGGUACAUUCCGACAUGGAUAUCGGCCUGAUAGCAGCUGACAAACUCUUCCAGUUAGCCCCCGAGCAAUCUGGUUACUACGUAGUUCUCUCAAACAUAUACGCAAAGGCAGGGAGGUGGGAAGAUGUAACAAAGAUCAGAUCUCUGAUGAAGAGAAAAGGGCUGAAGAAGAAUCCCGGAGGGAGCAACGUUGAGAUCAAUGGAGAAAUCCACACGUUUCUGGUCGGUGACCGAUCGCAUUCGCAGUCUGAGAAGAUCUACAGAGAACUAGACGUAUUGGUGGGGAAGAUGAAGGAUUUAGGGUACGUUCCUGAUUCCGAAUCGGCCCUUCAUGACGUGGAAGAAGAAGAUAAGGAGAGCCAUUUAGCUGUUCAUAGCGAGAAGCUGGCCAUUGUGUUUGCUCUGUUGAACACAGAGGAAGGUUCUUCAAUCAGAAUCACAAAGAACCUUAGGAUCUGUGGGGAUUGCCAUGCGGCAGCAAAGCUCAUCUCCAAGAUCAGUAGGCGUGAGAUUAUCAUCAGAGACACUAACCGGUUUCAUGUCUUCUCCGAUGGUGUUUGCUCUUGCAGUGAUUACUGGUAAGAAGACUGUAAAUUUGUCUAAAAGUUGCAGAAAUUCUAGAAGAAGUAGAUGGAGGAAGACCCAACAAGAGCAGCCCUUUGAGCAUCUUUAGUUGACUUUUUGAAUGAUUAAAAUGGUCAAAUCAAUGAUUAUAUAACCUCUUCUUAAGUUGACUUUAUGCAUCACACCCCACCAUUAUUUGCAAGACAUUUUCAAAGUUAAUUUGUAUACAUUAUA